AGAACACGGUCCAAUCCUUCAUGCGAUAUUUUCUUUUUUCAGACCAAAAUGAUUGGAUAUUUAUUGUUCUUCCAAGCUCUUGCAGCAGGAAUUCAAGCCAGGCCAAGCAAUUAUGAGGACAUCUUCAACACCAUGUAUUUCAACGAUCCACACUUGAAUCCCAAUUUUGAUCUUCACGCGUUCAGAUUAAACCAGCUGAAUCUUCACAAUCACUACCGCAGAAUUCACAGAGUACCCAAGAUGACACUGGAUCCAGCGUUAACCAGAGAAGCACAGGGAUAUGCCGAAGAUCUUGCAGCCACCGGUGGGGAACUGGAACAUUGCAUCAAGCCAAGAUGUGACCGACAUGGAGCGGGGGAGAACUUAGCCGGUGCCUGGGGCGCUGUGAAUAUCGAAACAAAUGCGACCAAAGCUUGGUAUGAUGAAAUUUGGGAUUUCAACUACUGUCACAAUGAAAACCUAAGAAAAAUGCACCGACCUGGACACGAAGGGAAACCGAUUGGACAUUUUACACAGCUUGUGUGGAGGAACUCUGUCAGACUUGGCAUUGGUUAUGCAAGAACCGCUGACCGAACCGGAGUUUAUAUUGUCGCAAGAUACAAGGCACAUGGAAAUGUUCCACGACAGUAUAAUGUGCAAGUGACGAAGCCAGCAUAUCUCAUGAAAACAUUCCAGAACAACUGUCGUCGUAUAAACGGUGGUUACUCCGGCUGGUCAUCGCUACGGAAAUGUACCCAGAGCUGUGGCGGUGGUGUUCGAUUACAGAAAAGAAAAUGCAGAAAUCCCAAACCCUCGUUGAACGGCAGAGACUGUGUUGGGCCCAACAAGAAGCUUGCUGCUGCCGAGUGGUGCAAUGUUCAGCCUUGUGAAGGAGAAAAGAGCCACCGUGAUUUGCAAUGCGAAGCACUUGGUUAUCCAGCAGACGCGUACAACUUCGGAGGACAGAGCGAUUGUCAACUUCACUGCUACCAGAAGGAAAAUACUUACAUGCUUGUUGGUACAGUAGAAGAUGGUACCCAUUGCAACUCAGACAGUGGUGUUUGUGUUCUCGGAGUUUGUCAAUCAAUGCCAAAGUACGUUAAACCAUUACCACCAUCACCAACGGAUUCUUCAGGCGCUCGAAUCGGUUCGUUUACAAAAAUGCCAAACAAAGACCUGUGGAAAAACAAGAUUGUCAUCCCAAAUGGAGUGGUGAAUUUUGUCAUUACUAAUCGUGAUCCUGCACAUGACAAACUGUUGGUUGGUUAUGAAACCCCUGAUGGUGGUACAGGUUACAACUGGGGUGAAGAUAACUGGAUGGAUAGUUGGGUAGAUUACUAUGGCUCGUAUGAAACAACGUAUAACACAGUGGGUGUUACAUAUAAAUACAAACGUCUGUCUAGUUAUUCCACGAUAACAAUUCCUGGUCCAGUUCAACCAACCAAUAACCACCAUUUGGCAAUAUUCAUCAAUGGAACUGCGCCAGCCAGAAUUUCCUGGCGCUAUGGUGUCACCUUCUAGAGUGCAUGUGCCCUCUCACUAUGAGUGUAAACUUCCGACAUCAUUCUUAAUUUAUGACACUAUGAGAGGGCUUUGUGGAUAGAUACGUGCAUGGAUGUCAACAGGGAAAUGAUGUAAAGAGAGACUUGAUAUACAAAGACUAAAUUUUACUUCUCCUUGGGGAUACGUGUUCCUGAAAUACGCAUUGUUGUAGCAAGCAAUAAAAAGAUAUAAGGGUGUAUAUUAUUCAAGCUUUUAGUUCAAUAUAUUAUGCUGCUCAAAAUUAUAUCACUUAGUGUUAUUAUAUCACAUGUUAUAAGUCGAAAUCUAAUGUUGUAUAAAGUCAAAAGCUCUGUUGUAGCAAGCAAUAAAAAGAUA